AUGCUUCUUCUGUUGACUUGGAUUGGAGCUUGUGGGCUUUUGGUGGAAGCUACUAUUAUAGAGAAGGCACUGUUGGGGCUGCUUCGUCUGGAUCUCAUAUGGCGGUUGAAGAUAUUUGAAUCACGGGAAAUAAGACGAUUUCAUUGUACAUUUACUGGACAAAACCAUUGCGAGAACAUGUCAUUUGUGACAUUACUUUUCAGAUCUCAAAUAAAGCUGACGGAUCAUUUCUCUAAUAUUUGUAAAGUGUAUUCUUUACUUGUUGGACAAGAAAAACAGAGUGUCACUCUUGUAAACGAUUUCAAGAUCUUGGAUUUUCCUUUUGGUUCAUCUAAGGAUAGAGGAAGUUAUUCUUUUCGUGGCAAAAAUAUUAGAGGUGUCAAGAAUCUGGUGGUUGAGGAUUUUCCUUUUGGUUCAUCUCAGGAUAGAGGAAGUUAUUCUUUUCGUGGCAAAAACAUUAGAGGUGUCAAGAAUCUGGUGGUUGAGGUAGAGGAACCAAAAUUUGCACACAUUAGAGUAUGA